UGACAGAAUUGCAGUUUUGGGGUGGCUGCCAAGCAUUGUGGCCUUCCACUUUGAAUCUACUAUCAUUCUGCGCCCAUAGACAACCGAGCUCUAAGGACAAACUGGCAGCAGCGCACGUUGAAGUCCGUGCCAGCAAUUGACGAAAUAACAUCGCCCGCUUAAUGGAUUAAAACUCCCACCAUCGAACGGAUCAUUCCGAACCUCUGAUGCAUCUCCGAUCCCACCCCUGCAGGUGACGCCAACGCCGGACAUGGACCAAGGUCGCAGCAGCGCCAUGUCCGGAUGCGUGAUUCUCGGCCCCCGCGCCGCACCGGUCCCCGCCAUCCGCCUGGUGCUAUUGCCGCUGCUGCUACUUUUAUCAUGUUUUAGUUUUUGUGAGGGCAUGCGGCCCGCUCAGAUUGCGGACCUGCGCCGGGAGACGGUCGAACUGUUUUAUCAUGGCUUUGACAACUACAUGGAAAUUGCCUUUCCCGAGGAUGAGUUGCGGCCAGUAACAUGCGCACCCCUCACCCGCGAUCCAAAGGAUCCCACCAAUAUCUCUCUAAACGACGUCUUGGGAAACUACUCCCUGACCCUUGUUGACAGCUUGUCAACACUUGCUAUACUUGCAUCUGCACCCAAAGAGGACGGCGAUGUUGGCCCAAAAGCGCUUCGUGACUUUCAGGACGGCGUCAAGGCGUUGGUGGAGCAAUAUGGAGACGGCACAGACGGCCCCUCGGGCCAGGGUCUACGGGCCCGGGGCUUUGAUGUCGACAGUAAGGUGCAAGUCUUUGAGACUGUCAUUAGGGGCGUAGGGGGCCUGCUCAGCGCCCAUCUGUUUGCUGCCGGAGAGCUACCCAUCCGGGGCUACGAACCACUGCCGGUUUUUGAGGGCCAGGAGCCCAAACCGUGGCCCAAUGGUAUGACCUACAAUGGCCAGCUUUUGAGGCUUGCGAACGACCUGGCCGAUCGCCUACUCCCGGCAUUCUACACGCAGACUGGUAUGCCGUAUCCUCGAGUGAACCUGCGGCACGGUAUUCCGUUCUACCGCAACUCUCCCCUGCACGAUACCUCUGGUAUCAAUGACGAACCGAACGGUCGGGGUGGCGCCCCGGAGAUCACCGAGACAUGUAGUGCCGGAGCUGGAAGUCUGGUGUUGGAGUUUACCGUGCUGAGUCGGCUUACUGGCGACCCUAAAUAUGAACAACUUGCAAAGCGGGCCUUCUGGGCUGUUUGGUAUCGGAGGAGCGACAUUGGCCUGAUAGGCGCAGGAGUGGAUGCCGAACAUGGCAAGUGGAUAGGAGCCUAUUCGGUGAUUGGCGCCGGCGCCGACAGCUUCUUUGAAUAUGCGAUGAAAACGCACAUUCUUCUCUCGGGCCAUGCGCCUCCCAAGAAGGCGUCGAGUACGGAUUCGACACCAGGAAAGGGGAACACCAACAACUCCAAGAGGGGCCUUGAUCCGAACAUACUGUUCCCCCCUUUGACAGACGAGGAGAACUCGCCUGACAGUUUCCUCGAGGCAUGGCAUCACGCGCACGCUGCGACCAAACGGCACCUUUACAAUGACCGCGGCCAUCCACACUAUGUGAGCGUGAACCUUUGGACUGGCUCACUUGCAUCACAAUGGAUAGAUAGCCUGGGUGCAUACUACUCUGGUCUCUUGACGCUCGCCGGUGAGCUGGACGAAGCUAUUGAGACAAAUCUCCUCUAUGCGGCCGUGUGGACCAAGUACGCCGCGCUUCCUGAACGCUGGAAUGUUAGAGACAAGAUUGUCGAGGGAGGCCUGGGCUGGUGGCCACUACGUCCCGAGUUUGUCGAAUCGACCUACUUCCUCUAUUUGGCAACAAAAGACCCUUGGUAUCUGCACGUUGGCGAGAUGGUUCUGCGCGAUGUCACCCGUCGUUGCAAGACGUCUUGCGGCUGGGCGGGACUGCAAAAUGUGAUAGACGGGGAGAUGAGCGAUCGUAUGGAGAGUUUCUUUUUGGGAGAAACUGCAAAGUACAUGUACCUGAUGUACGAUGAGAACCACCCCUUGAACAAAAUCGAUGCGCCCUUCGUCUUCACUACCGAAGGCCAUCCACUUAUAAUUCCCAAGGCCACCGAACCUGGCAAGUCUCACCCAAAAGCCUCUGCCACGCGCAAGCACAAGGCAGCUGCAUCUUAUUACGAUCCGGGCUUCACCAACUCGUGCCCUGUGCCCAAAGCACCGAUGCCACUGACGGGUUCCCUGACCGCCGCGAGGAAAGACAUUUUCCACGCUGCAAAGAUGGUCAAUCUUCACCAGACUCCUGUCCACUCGGGAAGAACUGUUGUCGAGGACACGCCAGGUCGAAAACGGGCGACCAAGGAGAACCACAGUGUGUUCCCCUGGACUUUGCCAAGCCGCCUGAUCCCAGAGGAUGGCAUUUGUUCAAAGGUGCAUGAGCCCACGGAGAUAACGCUCGAGUUUGCGUCCAACGCGCAACAAGCUGUCGGUGGAAGCUCGUUUAACUACAUGGUCGGCACACAAAACCUGGAGCGUCUCACCGUCGACAAGAUUCGUGUGCUGAGCAUCUCGGGUCUCAAGUUGACUUUACGACUAGAGGAUCGUGCUGCUGGAAGCAGUUCGCCUACUUCUUAUUGGCGCAUCACAAAGGUCAACGGCUUGCCCCUGGGCCGAGACGAGUCACUUGUGCUCAACAGGGCUACGCUAGGUGACGUCUCGGAUCCGCGCUUCAACAUGGUGCGGGAUCCGGUCGUCGUCAAGCUGCACCAUCUGCACCAGGUCGACCUUGUGUACAAUGUCACCGCGGCGGCGGAGGCAGCAGAAGGCGAAGGCGACGUCGAGAUCAAGGAACGGAUUACGCUACAGCAAACCCAAACCGAAAGCGGAGUUCCGAUGGCCUCCGCUGCUGUAAAUGCACCCGAUCUCGGAAACAGGAUGAAGAGCUUCUUCCAGCAGAUCAUGAGCUCGCUGGAGGAAGCCGGUGCGGAACCGACAUACACCCCACGAUCAGGCAAUGGAGUGUCCACAACCCCAGGCACCGCCGCGCCCCCGUACAACGUUCUGAUGAACCUCACGGGAAUUACCCCCACAGGCCUCGGGGCGGCCCCCCUGCCCUCGGUGGACAUGCCGCCAGGCGCGCACAUCCCGCACAUGGGACCUUUCACCGCCAGCUACCUCCCCUGGUCGACCGUGUUCGCGGCCGGGGACGCGUGCGGCGGGCCUCUGCCCGAGAUGGCGCCGCGGGACCACCACGUGAUCGUGAUCCGGAGGGGCGGCUGCUCCUUCUCGACCAAGCUGGCCAACAUCCCCGCGCACAAGCGGUCUUCUGCGAGCCUGCAGCUCGUCGUGGUGGUGUCGGACGACGACGAAGACGACGGCUUCUUCCGCGACGGUCGCGAGGGCGGCGGCAUGGCCGCGCGCGACUACGAUAGGAUCGUGCGCCCGCUGCUCGACGUCAUGCAGACCACCCCGUCGGGCAUGGUGAGGCACAACCCGCUGUCCAUGCUGCUUGUAGGUGGCGGCGACGCGGCCUACCAUCAGAUCUCGCAGGCGGAGAGGUUGGGGCUGACUAGGAGGUAUUACAUCGAGAGCCACGGCGUCAGGGUUAGAAAUAUUUUGAUAGAUGAUGGUGAUAGCGGCGAGCUGACGUUGAAGGCAUAGAUAGGUAGGCAUGGAUUUUGUGAUGAUUUGAUAUAGACAACUGCGUGUUAGACCAAUGAUGAAAUGAGCGUGUAUAUACUGGUAUCCUGUUUGGUGAUUGCAGUAUGAUGAUUUCAAAUGCAUCUAGACGCGAUUUUGGUUUUAGACUUGGCAACAUUAAGACUUCUGUUGGUAUUCCCGACGUACGCUACACUACGUAUAGCAGGG